AUGAUCGACUCGAAUCUGAUCACCGAGAAUAAACGUGACGAGACGGCGGCAAACGAGAUGGACACAAAAAUCAAAGUCAACAACAAGAGCUUGGUCAACUUGAGUAUCGAUGGGUCUACCCGUAAGUAUCCCUCAUUAUCUAUAAGUGAAGCCAUUUUGGGUUUUAUUUUGAUCGACAAACAAAUGAAAUAUGUUCAAUCUAACCAGAUAUCGUCUUUUCUGCUUGAUAUCCAAUCAAUCUUUAUCAAUUGUCGCAAGUUUCCCAAAUGCUUUGUACGUGUUAAAAAAUUGAAUGAAAUUUCCAAUAAAUAA